AAAUCAAGGUACAGGUGCAAUACCUUUGAUCGAUCCUUCCUCUUGUUUCUGCCAAGACAACAGCAGCAUAGCCAUCAAUAACAAUGACAAUUGGCAGUUUACCACGUUUACCUAGUAUUCGUGAUUUGAUCAAGUUAUAUCAUCUUUCUGCCAAGUCUCAAAUAUUACUGGUAAAAGAUAGGAUAUCUGUAGUGACAGUCAUGGUGGAGGGCUCACUCUUUCAUUUUGCAUCCGUAGACAAAAUAGUAAAGACGGCAUCCAUAUCAGCAAGGAUGACACCGUUUGUUGUAGAAAUCGGACCGGGUCCAGGAUUACUGUCCCGAUCGAUUUUAGAUGCAGGCGUGAAGCGACUCAUUGCCAUCGAGAAAGAUGAACGAUUCAUACCGAUAUUGCAGCAACUAUCGGAAGUGUCUGGUAACCGACUCCAAGUGAUUCAAGGCGAUGCUUUGCAUAUAGACUACAGCCAUAUUGUCCAAUCAAACAUGUUGAGUAUUGACCAGCAACAACAACAACCACAUCGACCGAAACAAGAGCCUUGUGAAACAACGUUAGAACAACAACAUGGCUAUAUUAUGGGCAAUUUACCAUUUAAUAUUGCUUCACCCUUAUUGUUAAAGUUCUUGAACCAACAAGUCAAUCGGCAUGGUAUUUUUGGAUUGGGCCUUGAUGUGUGCAUGAAUUUGAUGUUUCAAAAGGAAGUAGGCGACCGCAUCACAGCUGACGUAUCUACCUCAAAACGCGGUCGACUAUCCGUCAUGGCACAAAGUGUUUGUAAUGUAAAAACAGUGUAUAAAGUACCUGCAACAGUUUUUGUACCUAAACCAAAAGUCGAUGCAUCAGUCAUACAAUUUGUGCCGAAGAGUAAUUUAUCAAUUGAUUCAACAACCUAUUUGACAUUAGAGAAUGUCCUUAGAUAUUACUUUACAAAGAGAAGAAAGACAAUGGGUCAUUUAACACAACGGUUACGAAAAGAGUGUCCAGGUCAAUUUACACCUGAAUUAUUACAAAAGAUGGAAACCAUCGUUGAUUUCAAAGCGAGACCUGAAGACGUAACAACAGAACAAUUUUGUUAUUUGUCAAAAUUAUUGAAAGACCAUGAAAUCGUGCAGCUUCCUUUGAUUUAAAGGUUUUGUUGGAAGUAUUAGCAAACAUGGUCAAAAGAAAAGAAGAGGAAGCUAAAAGAAGCAGCAAGCUAUAAAAGACAAAGGACAUAAUCUCAACUUUGACCUAAACAUCACGGCGGCUUUGUUUCAAAGGUGAACCUGGUGGAUCGUUAUUCCAUAAAGAACAGGCCCCUGCUCAAAGUAACAAUAGUCAUCCGUCAGCGCUAAUCUCUUUAGGAUGCCACAUGUAUUA